AUGUUUUUUUAUAUAUUUAUUUUGCAUGACUGUCAACACGUAAUUUGUUACACAAAAUAAGCUAUCUGUUUGCGGAUAGUUAAAUGAAAUCCUGUUGUGUAGGUAGAGUAACAUUACGAUCGACAAUUUGAGUUGUGAUUUUGACGAGAAAAUGUCGUCGGAAUUGAUAUUUUGAGUCGACAUAUGCUAUUGUAUUGUGCAUUAACUACAAAGUAUCCUGCCUAUAUACAAGUAGCUGGAAGACAUAGAAAAUUGAUUGAUUAUAUGAGAGAACAUCGUUGAAAUUUGACCCAAAUUGAAAUACUGGAGACAUUAAAUUCAUUUCAAGAGUGACAAAAUGGAGUUUUCUUUUGGAUUAGUUGUGUUGAGUUUAUUCAUUUCUGUUACUUCCUCAGCAUCACUUGUAUCUGAUGUGAAGAGUUUAGCUCAUACUGACAAUGGAAUGCCUUCUGAUGUUGAAACUAUUGAAUUAAGAAUGAAAAAAGCCAUUCCCAAUGUGGAUGAUGCAUAUCUGUGUGCUAGCUAUGAAAUGCCAGAUGAUGAGGUUUAUAUUAUUAAAUAUGAAGCUAUAGCUAAUGCUAGUACAGCACAUCAUAUAUUAUUAUAUGGUUGUAGUGAUGGACCGGCUGUGUCUACACCAACCUGGGAUUGUCCACCACUGUGUAAGGGUAAUGAACAGAUUAUGUUUGCCUGGGCUAAAAAUGCACCACCUACUGUUUUACCUAAAGAUGUUGGAUUCCGUGUUGGAGGAAAGGGAGAAUCAUCUGUGAAGAAUAUUGUUCUACAGAUUCAUUAUGCACAUUCUUCAACUGCACCUGAUGAAUCAGGAAUCAGAAUAUAUUUAACGAGACAAAAACAAAAGUAUGUAGCUGGUAUAUUUUUAAUGAUGUCUUAUAGAUUAGAUAUACCCCCAAACACACCAGUGUUUCAUGCAGACAUCAGUUGUAAAUACUUCGGUGAAACAUCCAUGCAUCCAUUCGCCUACAGGACACAUGCUCAUGAUUUAGGUAGAGUUAUAACAGGUUAUCAGUAUAAUACUACAUAUCAUUUGAUUGGUAAAGGUAAUCCACAAUGGCCCCAGGCUUUUUACCCAACCAACCAAGAAAUUGAAAUAAAACCUGGUGAUUCUUUGAUUGCAAGAUGUACAUUUAAUUCAACUGGAAGAGAUCGUCGUACAUAUGCUGGAGCAACUGGUAAAGAUGAAAUGUGUAAUUUCUACAUGAUGUUUUACACCGAUUCUUCUGUCACGAGAACAUUUAGUGAAUGUGGUGGAUCACACUAUCCUAACUUGGUUCAAUCAUUGCCAGCUGACUCGGACAAACCAUUACCACCUAAUCCAUUACUUGAUGAAAAGGCAGGACAUCACCACCAUCACCCCCAUACAACUGUCGUAAAACCUGUAGAGACUCCUACACUACCACCCCAGACAGGACAAAGCAAGGAAACAGAUCUGAUAUUUGAAAGUCAAUGGCCUAACGAGAAUGUAGAAAUUGGUCAAGUGAGUGGUGUAGCUACUGAUGAUGAUGGUUUGGUUUAUGUAUUUCACCGAGGUUCUAGACAGUGGGAUCAAUAUUCCUUUGAUAUUUAUAAUCAAUUUCAACAAAAGAAUGAUCCUAUUAAAGAAGAAGCUAUUAUAGUAUUUAGUAAAGAUGGUAAAGUUCUUAGAUCAUUUGGCAGCAAACAGUUUUUCAUGCCUCAUGGUCUGGCUGUUGAUAAACAGAAAAAUAUAUGGGUAACAGAUGUGGGUUUACAUCAGGUAUUAAGAUUUCCACCAGGUAAAGAUGCACCUGAUUUAGUUUUAGGAGAAAAAUUUGUACCAAAAACUGAUGAAAAACAUUUCUGUAAACCAACUGAUAUAGCUGUCCUCUCUAAUGGAGAUUUCUAUGUUUCUGAUGGAUACUGUAAUGGAAGAAUUAUGAAAUUUUCUGCAAAUGGAACAUUUAUUAAACAAUUUGGUCAUUUGGAUGUCUUACAAAGUACUGAAAAUUCACCAGGAGCAUUUGAUAUACCUCACAGUUUAACUCUAGCAGAAAAUGAAGGUUUAGUCUGUGUAGCUGAUAGAGAAAAUGGUAGAAUUCAGUGUUUUGAUCUGGAAGGAAAUUUCAGACAUCAAAUCAAACAUAAAGAAUUUGGUGAUCGUCUGUUUGCCCUGGAAUAUUCUCCUAUACAUGAUGGCAUAUUGUUUGCUAUCAAUGGUCCAGCAAUUGAUACAUCACAUACUUAUCCUGUACAAGGCUUCACACUGAAUUUACAAACCGGUGAUCUUCUCCAAAUAUGGAACAGACCUAAGGGAUUAUCCAAUCCACAUGACAUAGCAGUCAAUCCAUCUGAUCAUUCUGUUUAUGUGGGAGAAUUAGAUGAUAAUAUAUGGAAAUUUGCUAUGCAACAUAAAGAUACUAUAAUUUCGUCACCAGAAAAGAAAGAACUGAUACCUGUGUUAUCCAGUGAUAGUGAUGUAAAAGGUGUUGAUACGGAGAAGUCAAGUAGUGUAACACCAUCUAUAGUUCUAGGUGUAUUAUUGGUGGUACCAGUGGUACUAGUUGUAAUGAUAACUAUACUAGUACGCAUGUAUCAUUCAGGUAAAUGUGGUAAGAAUAAAGGCAACAAGGUUUUCAACCUUCAGAGUUUCUUCAAUUCACAUAAAGGUUUUGAUCGUUUGAGUACAGAAGAAAGUGACCAUGAAUUAGAUCCUUUUGAUGGUUCUGAUGAAGAGGAGUAUACUGCACCAGCUAAACAAAAGCAGAGAACAUAAUUAUACAGCAAAUCAUACGUCUUCAUUAUAAUUUUAAACAGAUCACGGGUAAUUAAAGUCUCUGAACGUCAUCUGAGGGAUUGUGGAAUCCCGUGUAAACUACAAUAUUGUGACAGUUGAAUCUCUUAAAGGAAUAUCAGUCCAUCCCGUAUUUACAAAGAUAUUAGGAAUUGAAAAUAGUCAACAUUUAGCAUCCUUUGCAGAUAAUGUAAACUGGAUGCGGUCAAAACCCAGACCCACCAAUAAUCUUUGAAAUUUAUGUUUUUGAUAGGCCUCUUUAAUAUGAAUCCAAGCUGAGAGAUUAUCUACCCUUGAUAUUUUGGAUAUCUUGAUUUUGUUUUCUUAAUUAAAUGUUAUUUAAUCUGAGUGGAAAAUUUGAUAUUUUCCAGAAAUGACGCUCAGAGACUUUAAGUGUUUUAUAAUUUUAUUAUUGUCUAACAACAAGUAUUUUAAAAAAAAAAUUUUUAUAUACACCUAUGAUCAUAUUUAAAUAUUGUCGUCAUUUUGCCAAUGUGUCCAUUCUCCCUAAUAUAUCAACAAUUUCUAACAAUUACUUUGAUAUAGUUAAUAUAGUUGAUCUGUUUAAAAUUUACAUUCAAAUUUUACAACAGUAACUAUCAACAGUUUUCCGCUUAUUAUGUCAUAUGGUUAAUAUGUUAUUACGCUCUUUUUCCAAAUUUGUCUUCUGGAAUUUUCUUGCAUUUCUCAAUAAUAAGGAUCAUCUGGGCUUCAUGAAAUUGCAAAGUCAUAGGCAAACCCUAAAAGCCAUAAGCGUUUUGAAAUCCAAGAAGUCUGUAUUAUAGCGGUAAUAUUAUGAGACAGAAUUCAUAAAGCUGCUGGUAGACGUAUAUUUCAUUGUCUGGCAACCUAUCAGUAUAUUAUUCAUUAUUAUAAUUAACUUGAAACAAUUGUAUACCGGUAGUUAUUUGAUCAUGCUAAACUGUGCUUUGGGUAAUAGGUUACAUAUUACUAUACAUUGGAUUUAGAAAUGUUUCAAUAGACUGGCUGAUAAAGGACAAAGCAAAUAUAUUUAAUCUUUUCAGCCCAUAUUCUUCUCCCCCUGUAUAAAAUAAGAAAUUAAUUGUUUAUAAAUGUGGAUCAGGUAAAUUGAAUUGUAUAAACAAUUUAAAUAUUGUUAAAUUGUCAUUGUUGUACUUAAAAUUGUUGGCACUCAGUAAUAUUUAACUUACUUAAUUUAUUGUGGAUAUAUUAGGCAAUCUUAUGUAAUAUGAUUUUUAUACGCCCACAUUUUCAUGUGGACGUAUAUUGUUGUCGCCCCUGUCCGUCCGUCCACAAUUGUUUGUGAACACUCUAGAGGCCACAAUUUUUAUCCGAUUUCAACGAAACUUGAAAUAUAGGUUUAUCACCCUAAGAUCUUGGUUCCUUUCGAUAUUGGCAUGUAUCGGACUGUAACUUCAUGGAUUAUGGCCCUUGAUUGUGCGAAAAAUCACGUUUUUAGCUUGGGAACACUGUAGAGGUCAUAAUUUUUAUCCGAUUCUGUUGAAACUUGAAAUGUAAGUUUAAAGCCCACAGAUCUCGGUUUCUGUCGAUAUUCAUGCAUAUCGGACCGUAACUUCCUGAAUUAUGGCCCCUGAUUGUACGAAAAAUCGCGUUUUUUGCUUGAGGUCCCUCUAGAGGUCACAAUUUUUAUCUGAUUUAAAAAAAAUGUGUGAAUAAUCGCGGAUACCUGAACUUAACUUCCUGGAUUAUGGCCCCUGAUUGUUCGAAAAAUGGCAUUUUUAGCUUGUGGAUUCUCUAGAGGUCACAAUUUUUUUUUUUCGAUUUUAAAAACCGUUUAAAUAUUUCACCAUUCCACCAUAAUGAAGGUUGAAUUCGAAUUUCGGGAAAAUCGAAAUGAAUCUGCCCCUCAAAAUGGCUGCUCUUUGUACGCAAAUUUUGUAAAACUAUGCAAUACGAAGGUUGUCGACCCGCUAGAGGUCACAAUUUUUAUCCGAUUCUGAUGAAACUUAAAGCAUAUCUUUAUAUCCCAAAGAUCUUGGUCCCUUUUGAUAUUUGCGCAUUUCAGACCAUAAGUUUCUGGAUUAUUAACCCUGAUUGUACAAAAAAUCCUGUUUGUUUUUAGCUUGUUCUCUACCUUCUCUUCCAAAAUGUGGGCAUAUCCUGCCUGGCAGCCGCUGGUUUCUGGUGAUAACAAAUAUCAAAAAAUAAGUUAAACAGAUGACUCUAGCCAAUUAUAAUUGUAUGAUAAUAUUAUCUUUCAGUCUUAAUUUUGAAAUGGUCACGAGAUAAAAAAAAAUCAAUUUUAAUGGGUUUACUCUAAUCAAUAACUAAUAUGGUCUCAACAGCAAUACUGCCAAAUAUGCUUAUUAAUUAAAUAGAAAAUUAUUCAUGUACCCAACAAAGUAAUUACAAUCCAUGAGGCAAUUAAAUCAAACUUGGAUUUGUAUAUGAAUGUUUGUAGUGAGCCAUUAAUUUCAAUACACAUUUAUGUCACUUCCUUCAGGUCAUGCUCACAUUGCUUUCUUGUAGAAUUAACUCCUUGUCUUACAGUAUCUAAAUCUUGCAUUCCUUUAAAUCCUUAUUUUUUGUAAAACUUUGCCCAGUAUUAAAAAUAAUUUGAUGAGUUUAUUGUAGACACCGGUCAGUGAAUAACAACUUGUGUAUCUCUUACAAGAGAUUAUUAAAUUAUCAAGAUAAUCAAUAAAGACCGACACAUGUUUUUUUAAUUGAUUGGUGAUUUCUUGUCGGUUAACACCCACUGAUUGAAGGCCGGAUUAUCCAAUCUUGAUUCAACGCAAAUCGUGUGACAGGAACACUGAUUGAAGGCCGGAUUAUCCAAUGUUAAUUCAAAGCAAAUAGUGUGACGGGACCGCUGAUUGAUGUCGUAAUUCGGAAUAUUCAGAAUCCGGACUACUCAAAACUUUUUUGGUUGAAGUAAUAAGGAAAUAAAGAUGACGAAUUUCACAGAAUGCCGUAGUAUUCAGAUGUCGGAAGUGACCGAAUCCACUGUAUUUUACUGUUCAUUUCUAAAGCUGUUUCUUUUCAAUUAACUAUAUAUUUAUAUUUCCACAAUCCAUUCAAGUCAUCAAUUUAGUUUUGUUUUUCAACAUUGGUCUUAUCAGUUGGACAUGACAUAUAAGAUGUAAAAAUAUAAAAAUAUAUCCAUGUUUAAAAAAUUUGUUUAACCAAAUGGAAACCAUCAUAUUGCACCCAAAUUAUAGAGGUCAUGUUGGUCCAUUUUAAUUUUAUUGCAUUCUCAUUCUGAUUCUUAAAUUUUAAACCACAGACUAGCACAGUUUUACUAAUUGCUUAUAGAUGAUAAAUCAAAAUGGAUAAUAAAUAGGUAAUAUCAAAAACUUUAUUUUUGAAAUAAUAUUUUUUUAUAAACAACAAGAUGUUUGUAUAAUUCUUUGGUCAGUUAUUUCACCAGUCAUUGUUUGAUCAUAUAUAGAUUGCUCUCUGUGAAAACAUAUUGAUUUUAUAUCAAUAUUGAAGGAUAUACUUUUAUUGAAUGAUCAAUAAAGAUAAUACAUAUUUACUACUACAUAUAAGAAAGCAGGUCUUGAAUUUCCCUAUAACAAAGAUCUAGGACUAUGGUUUUCAAACUUUUUGGCACUGCUGCUGGUUUUAAAUUUGCCCUUUCUGAAAUUGGUUCCAAAAAAGUUUCAAAUGCAUAAGUGGAAAUGAAAAGAGCCAUUUAGUAGAUAGCAUAGAAUUUUAUUUUGUCAAGAUCUGAAAUGGUCUUUUAUAUUUUAUUUUGCAACUAGAAAUCUGUUUGUAAUAAUUAAUAUAUUGUUUAUUAGAGCUAGUCAUAUUUAUGUACUUUAUUAUUUAUUUAUAAAUGACACCCUAUUUAUACAUAUUGAUAUUUUCAACCUGGCUAACCCUCAAAGCACCGUUCCAUAAUUGGGCAUAUUGUACUCUCUAUAGAAAAUAUUUAUAAGCUAUACCCAGUAGGUAUGUUUUUAGCACAAGAAAGAUUUCUCUGCUGACAUAUCAAAUUUUUUUGUGCUUGAAAUGAUACUGAUAACUCUACUGGUUAUUUAUUGUGCAUAAAUAGGGUAUUAUAUAUUUGGAGCCACAUUAAUUAAAUAGAUAGUAUAUUUUGUUAAGGUUUAAUUUAUAAGAAUUUUUUUGGUUGCUCUUUUGGUAUUUUUAUCUCCAGUUUUUCGUAGAAAGCAGGGGACUAUUAAAAUGUGAGUGUCUGUCUGUCCAUCACACUUUUUGGAACAAAAUAACUCUGCUUCUCAUUAAGUUGAAAUUGUUUGUUAGGUCAAUGCUUAAUUUUCAGCUUAGACUAAGCAAAGAUUAUAAGCAAUUUAAUUCUUCGAUGCUUUAUGACUUGAUAACUUGGAUUCUAAUUCAGUGAGAGUGAUAAAACUUGGUUUAUACGCAUGCAGAGAUAAGCAGUUUCAUGUGUUGAUGCUUUAGAAAAUGAUAAAUGUGAAAGUAUUGAUUAGUGUUAUCUAUUUAUUUUGGGAUUUAGGCAGAAGACAUCAACCGCUCUGUUGGCUUGUUUAAUUUAUAUUAUAUUUAUUAUGAAAUAUUACAUGUAAAAAUGAAGAUUUAUUUGAUUUGACAAUGGUAGUGUCGAUGUGGUAAACUGUGCCACCUUACUAUUGUAUAUUGGAUGUAAUUUACUAGCAUGUAAAGUGACAAUUUAUUCCAUUUUGUUGCCAAUUAUUAUAGGUCCAUAUUUAGUGUGGAUGUAUAUUUUAGUCAACUGUCAGAUUCUCAAUGAUUGUUUAUUGUGGCAAGAGCCCUUUGGUAUCUGAAACUUUAAACACAUUUAGUAGAUCUAUCAUUCUGUUCACAAUUUCGCUAUUAAACAUUAUCGCAGAGUGGGUUUUGUUGAUAACGAUUUGGGUUGGACAACCCCUCUAUGUUAAAUAAAUACGUCUAUAUUUUGUGUUAUAAAUCUUUUGUUACUAUAUUAUUGCUACAAGGCUCUCUUUUCAAAAUCCCCACAGCUGCAUCUUUUUUUGCAAUUUUGUUAAAAAUGGCAGUCAGAAAAAUUUGGAAAUACUAUAUGACAAUUAGUUUUUUUAAAAGCGUUAAUAUUUUCUCUGUAGAUUAACACAUUAAUAAAGCUUUCAGGUUUCCCUGAAGUGGGUUUGCUUAAACAAAAAUGCAAUUUUUUGAUGUAAAUAAAUUAUUCCAUAUAAUUCCAAUAUUCGGAUUAGGAUUGUUAAUAUAUUUGUUAAAAAUUAACAAACACAAUUAUUGUUUAUAUGUAUAAGAAUUUAAGGUCUGAAAAUGAAAGGUUGUUGAUGUAUAUAUUAUAAUGAUAUUGGUAUAUAAUUUUGUGAUGUAUGUUUUAUAAUGUUGUUAUUGUUUGUGCAUUUGUAUAAUGUAUAUAGAAUUUAUGGAGAAACAAUCUUAAUACUUAUAAUAGAUUAGAUAACAAAACUUCAAUUUGUGCUCAUUGGCAAUAAAAAACAACUUAAUUGCAGUUGUUAAAAUUUUUGAUUGUGGGAAAUUAUGCAUACUACCAAUAAAUUGCUUACAAAGUCAACUUAUUCAAUAAGGUGAAAGUAUACAUAACUGUACUUUGGGAUAUAUUUUUUGACACCAUGUAAAAAAACACAUUCCCUUUGGAAGAUUUGUAUAAAUACAUAUUCUUUUUCAUCUGUUGUUAUAAUAGUUUUGUAAACAUAUGAAUUCCGAUCUCGGUGCCCAAAGUUUUUUUUCUACUUAUGUUGUUUGACUUCCAAAUUCUUUGUUUUUGUCAUUAAACAUUUUGCCGUAAAGGGUGGAUGGAUAUAUUUAUUUCAGAGGAUCAUGGGUUGAACAUGUUACAAUUUCCACUGUUAGGAAUGAAGAUUGCUUUGAGAUGUAUAGAUGCUUAUUAUCAUUUACAUAUGAUCUGCUUUUUGGGGUUGAUUUUUUGGCAUGUAUAUUGUCGUCGCCCCUAUCCGGCCGGACAUUAUCAUAUUUUUUCCGAUUUUGAUGAAAUGUGAAAUAUAGGUUUAUAACCCAAAGAUCUUGGUUUCUCUCGAUAUCGGGAUGUAUCGAACUGUAACUUCAUGGAUUAUGUACCCUGAUUGUACAAAAAACACCUUUUUAGCUUAUGUAAUACCAAGGUUAUGGAUGGACCCUCUAGAGGUCACAAUUUUUAUCCGAUUUUGAUGAAACUUCAAAUGCAUGUUUAUAACCUGGUUCCUUUAGAUAUUUGUGCAUAUCGGAGUGUAACUUCCUGGAUUAUGGCCCCUUUUUAGCACUUCUCCGUCCAUCUCUUGCAAAAUUUGGAUGUAUCUUGCAUGGCAAUCGCUUAUUUGAAUUCAGAUUUUUAAAAUUGAUACAUUUUGGAUAGACAAAGACAGGGCCCACAGUCUCGAUACUUAAUAUUUUAAAUAUUCCGCAGAUCUUCACAGAUUGAAAUUGUACAAAAAUAAUAUCAAUUUUGAAAAUUUGUUGAUGGCAUUAUACACAGGGUUCAAGCAAGGGUAAUCUGAACUGAGCAAAAAUAUUAACAGCUUUCACCAUUUGAUGUCUAAUCCCACUGUAACAUUUUCAUUACCAAAAGGGGAGUAAUUUUGUCAAAAACGGUAUUUUUAGCCUUGAAUUGGUAGAUUUUUUUUCUGGCCAGUGUGUAGAACUGAAAACGACAUAUUAAAGGACACCAGUGAUGUACUUAUGAAAUGUAAUUAUAGGGUUUAACGUCCUACUGCUCUACACCAGCUGGGCUAAUGAACAUUUAUUAAAUUUACCCACAUGUUGUAUUGUAAUUGUUUGUAUGAUGUGAUAUAUCAUGUAAAUAUCAAAGUGUUAAUUGUUCAAAUAAAUAAUCUGAUAAAAUUGUUAAUGAAGCUUAUACUUAUGGGCCCUAAUUCUGUAAUUAAACGAAACCAGGAGUUGUGGCAAUUUUAUAUUGGUUUAUAUUGAUGGACCUUAAAUGUGUUAAUCAAACGAAACUGCAACGUAAAAUUAGUUAACCCGACUUCUGCCGAGCGGAAACGAGUCAGUAAAAUAUUUUGGUUUAAUGUGGAUGUGUUAGGUAACACUGGACAAUAUCCUGAUUAGCUUGUUUAACUGCAUCAUCUUUAUCCUUUCUGUCUUCAAAAUUGUUCUUAUAUUUCAUAUCAGUUGAAUAAAUAGCAUCAUUUUGUAAUGUU